UUGACAGUGGUGCUUGGAGCCGAGAGGGUCAGGGGGAGGAGAGGAAAGGGAGUGGAGCGAUAAGACGACAGGAGGAGAUCCACCACAGGGUGACCAAUUUAACCGGACCAUCCUUGGACAGCUAACGUUAGGCUAUGGUCCUCCACCCUGGCCGCUCCCACCGAGAACCACACCGAAUCGGAUUGUCUGCUGCGGUCCUGUCGGGGAAUAGAAAAAGAAGAUGAACACGACCCAGCAGAAGCCGUGGAGAUAGACCUGGCCGCAGAGACUGAUCACCUCACUAACCUUGGUCUCUGAUCACUGACCCUGGCCCAAACAUCUAAAGCAUUGUGAAGCGACUGUUGCGCCUUUGACCCCAUCUAGUCACUCCCACCCUGUGGCCCUGCAGUGUGGCCUCUACAAACCCCUCCUCACUACUUCAAAAUUUUGUCCACGGGGAUAAAUGAGUGAACAGGCUGCAAGGGAAAGGGCUGGGACAUGUACCAGAACCCCAACAGAAUGUCCUGGUUCAGUGGUUUCCUAGUCGCAAGAGUGGACGACCGCAAGACUGCGUGGGGGGAGCGCAAUGGCAAGAAGUCCAAACGGAAAGGAAGCUCAUCUCUCUGCAACCCGCGUUACAUGAGCUGUCUGCGGGACUCAGAUGCUAUGGAGCCCCCCUCUGGAGCCCCCCUCCAUCAGCACCACCGCGGAGGGUUGACUGGGGCCCUGGGAGGCGGGGGCAACUUCGGCGUCCGUUGCGGAUGGCAGGAGGACCACUACGGCAAAAGAGUAGGGGCUCCCGGGGAAGGGGUGGGGCUGAAAUCGGUCAACUUGGGCUUUGAGGAUGGUGCGUUAAAAGGGAGGAAAGGGGGAUGUAAUGGAGGAAGCGGUGACAUGGGCGAUGACGGGUCCAAUGGGGCAGCAGGGGUGGUGACGGCUGCAGACUGCUGGCUCAGGGUAGUACAGGUGUUCCAGUCAAAAAAAUUCCAGUCCCGCAAACUGGAGCGCCUAUACCAGCGUUACUUCUUCAGGCUGAACCAGAGCUCCUUGACCAUGCUCAUGGGGGUACUUGUGAUCGUGUGCGGCAUCAUGCUGACCUUCCACUGUGUCCAUGCCGCCCCUCACGUGGCUUAUUCGUCAGCCCUGUCAGUCGCGAUGGCGCUCUUCAUGGCUCUUAUGGUAGUGUGCAACCGCAACGGCUUCCACCAGGACUACAUGUGGAUGGUCAGUUACCUGGUGAUUGGAGUCUUGCUGUCUGUACAGGUGUUCGGGGUGCUCAUGGUGGCACCCAGGAGCGCUUCAGAAGGCAUCUGGUGGUCCGUGUUUUUCAUCUACAUCAUCUACACUCUGCUACCUGUGAGGAUGAGAGCGGCGGUGCUAAGUGGAGCAGUGCUGUCCAUCAUACACGUGGUCACCACCUGGCAGAUCAAUCAGGAAGACCAGUUCCUAUGGAAACAGGUGAGCGCUAAUGUCCUGAUCUUCCUGUGCACUAACAUAAUUGGUAUCUGUACCCACUACCCCGCUGAGGUUUCCCAGAGACAAGCCUUCCAGGAGACCCGAGGAUACAUCCAGGCCAGACUACACCUGCAGAGGGAGAAUCAACAACAGGAACGUCUGUUGCUUUCAGUGUUGCCAAGGCACGUUGCUAUGGAGAUGAAGGCUGACAUCAAUGCCAAGAAGGAAAACAUGAUGUUCCAUAAAAUCUAUAUCCAGAAACACGACAAUGUCAGUAUUCUGUUUGCAGACAUCGAGGGUUUCACCAGCCUGGCCUCUCAAUGCACGGCUCAGGAGCUGGUCAUGACACUCAAUGAACUCUUUGCCCGUUUUGACAAGCUGGCAUCGGAGAACCACUGUCUACGUAUUAAAAUUUUGGGUGAUUGUUACUAUUGUGUGUCUGGACUGCCUGAACCCCGGGCUGACCACGCCCACUGCUGUGUGGAGAUGGGCGUCGACAUGAUAGAGGCGAUCUCGCUGGUGCGCGAGGUGACAGGGGUCAACGUUAACAUGCGCGUUGGGAUUCACAGUGGGCGUGUGCACUGUGGUGUGCUUGGUCUCAGGAAGUGGCAGUUUGACGUGUGGUCAAACGAUGUCACACUGGCAAACCACAUGGAGGCGGGAGGCAAAGCAGGGCGGAUCCACAUCACUAAGGCCACCUUGCAGUAUCUUAAUGGAGACUAUGAGGUGGAACCAGGUUUUGGAGGUGAGAGGAACGCGUAUCUAAAGGACAACAGCAUCGAGACCUUCCUGGUUCUUGGCUGCAGCCAGAAACGGAAGGAGGAGAAGGCGGUGAUGGCUAAGAUGCAGAGGACGAGAGCCAACUCUAAUGAGGGGCUGAUGCCACGCUGGGUCCCCGACAGAACCUUCUCCAGGACCAAAGACUCUAAAGUCUUUAGACAAAUGGGGAUUGAUGAGACCUCCAGUAAAGACAACCGUUGUGUUCAGGAGGCGAUGAACCCGGAGGACGAGGUGGAUGAAUUUUUGGGGCGAGCUAUUGACGCUCGCAGCAUUGACCAGCUAAGAAAAGACCACGUUAAGAAGUUCCUGCUCACCUUCCAGACAUCUAGCCUGGAGAAAAAGUAUUCCAAGAAGGUGGACGAUCGUUUUGGAGGCUAUGUUGCGUGUACUCUACUAGUAUUCUGCUUCAUAUCCUUCAUACAGAUUGUUAUCUUUCCACACACCCCAGUCAUGCUGGGAAUCUACAUUAGUAUCUUUGUCAUACUUGCCAACAUCCUUUUCAUCUGUGCCAUAUAUUCGUGCAUCAAGCUCUUUCCAGCUGCAAUGCAGACUGUUUCAAAGAAGAUUGUCCAGUCGCGCACCAACAGCACCCUGGUUGGAGUAUUUACCAUUAUCCUUGUCUUCAUCUCUGCCUUUGUUAAUAUGUUUGCCUGUGACACCAAGAGCUUGGCACAAUGCGUAGCCGAGAAGCUGAACACCUCUGCAGCGCUGGUGACGCCCUGUUUGAUCCGCACCUUGAAUGUGUCCAUUGAAGGGGGUCUGGAGAUCUGUUCUAGCGAAGGCCCCUCCUGCCCUUUUCCUGAGUAUUUCAGCUACAGUGUGCUGCUGACGCUGCUGGCUUGCUCAGUGUUCCUGCAGAUCAGCAGCAUAGGGAAGCUGGCCCUCAUGCUGCUCAUCCAGCUCACCUUCCUGCUGCUGGUGGAGUGGCCACAAGUAGCACUUUUCGACAACGCAGACCUCUUUGUCACCUCCAAUGCCAUUGAUUUAAAUGAAACUAGCGCUCAAUGGUCCAGUUUCAAUGAAACUACAAACCAGUGCCCAUUUGUUGUGACAAAAGUGUCCCUGAGGGUCAUGACUCCAGUGAUCCUCACAGUCUUUGUCCUGGCACUGUACCUGCACGCCCAGCAGGUUGAAUCUACUGCACGCCUCGACUUCCUGUGGAAAUUACAGGCCACAGAGGAGAAGGAGGAGAUGGAGGAACUGCAAGCCUACAAUCGUCGCCUCCUUCAUAAUAUUCUGCCUAAGGACGUAGCCGCUCACUUUUUGGCGCGUGAGCGGCGUAACGACGAGCUGUACUACCAGUCCUGUGAGUGUGUGGCCGUCAUGUUUGCCUCCAUCAGCAAUUUCUCUGAAUUCUACGUGGAGCUGGAGGCCAACAACGAGGGAGUGGAGUGUCUCCGGCUGCUCAACGAGAUCAUUGCUGACUUUGAUGAGAUUAUCAGUGAAGAGAAGUACAGGCAGCUAGAGAAGAUCAAGACCAUUGGUUCCACCUACAUGGCGGCCUCCGGUCUCAAUGACUCCACUUACGACAAGGAGGGCCGUUCACACAUUAUUGCACUGGCCGACUACGCCAUGAGACUGAGGGAGCAGAUGAAGUACAUCAAUGAGCAUUCCUUCAACAACUUCCAGAUGAAGAUAGGUCUGAACAUUGGACCAGUGGUAGCAGGGGUUAUUGGUGCACGGAAGCCUCAAUAUGAUAUUUGGGGAAACACCGUCAAUGUGGCCAGUCGUAUGGACAGUACAGGUGUACCUGACUGCAUACAGGUGACUACAGACCUUUACCAGGUGCUUGCAAACAAAGGGUACGUGUUGGAGUAUCGUGGGGUGGUUAAGGUCAAAGGGAAAGGCGAAAUGACAACCUACUUCCUGAACGAUGGCCCGCCCAACAGUUAGCAACCGUGGCAGCAGCACAUGUUGGGAUGUUCCCCACUGCAAGGACACAGCACCACUGAGUGAGGACUCACAGUGUGAGAGAAUGGCUUGAAUCCCAAGUAAGGAGGAAAAAAAACUCAAGACUUCAAAAGGAAAGUGUUCUUGAUGAAAGGAAAUUUUCUCGUUUGACAGCCAUUUUGGCUCACAUACAUGUUGAAGGACACAUGUUUUUCUCAUGUCUAGCCUCUCUCUCAGGCUUCUUGAAAGAUGCAAAGUCUGUUUAUUUAAAACAACGCCUUUUAGCCUGUGUCAAAAGAAGAUAAACGCUGUACAUAAGGCUACUUUAUAUUUUUACUUUGUUUUUUUUCUGGUAAUUCUUUUUAUUUCACAUGAAUUAUGAACAGGUACUCAUAUUUUGUUUUUGACUUAAUUAUUUAUUUUGAUCUUGAAGUUUUGUGCAAAAGGUCCUUUAUGAAAAAGUGUGAAUACAUACGUGCACAAAUAUCCAGUUUAUUACACGUUAAUAAGUGUGUAUGUACAUGCAUAUUUGUGUGUGUAUGAAUAUAUGUAUGAACUGAGGAGGAAUAUAUUGACCAAAGACUAAAGUAUUUACUAAAAGCAAGGCAAGACAUGUUUGAUAUGUUCUCACUACAACUGCUGGCAGCACAGGCUGCUUAUUUUGUUUUCAUAAAAUAUAUACAAUACAUUUAUUUUGUCUGCCAUUCAGGCAGCAAAGAUCCGAUCACUUUAACUGAAAAUUAUGAUGUUGCCCUCAACCUCUAAACAAAAUGAGUAAAGACGACUAAGGAUGUUAUUAGAAGGUGAUAUCUGAAAUCUAUAUUUUUAAUCUCUGAGGACUAGAAGUAGCCCCAGCUGGGAAUAGGAUCCUCUUCAUCCUUCAUAUCAUGUCAGUUAGGUUCCUUAGAGCUUGAGCAGCCAGUGGGCAGCUGGUGUCAGCCUUUACAGUAUAUUGUCAUCGACUGCUCCUUCCCUUUUAGAGAAGUAUUUGUUGGUGCAAAAGGAAAUGAAGGAACUUAGAUCCAGAGGCAUCAGGGGGGAAAACCUUGGAUAUCAACGCAGUGGUACCACACAGCCGGAUUCUUCUAUGAAGGAGAAAUAGAUGAAGGAAAGAAAUAUAUAUUGAUUUUGACUGAAUACUGUGCUUUGUAAUCCUGAAGGGGCAUAACUAUUUUCACUGUGAGGUUUUUAUGAUACAACAAAAACUGCUUUCUUGCCAAACAUAACUGCUUUGAAGCAUGUCUGAUUGUGGUAUCUUGUUUUCAUUUCUGUUUGUUUUAACGUAGGGUAUUUUGUAUCACUUCUGUAUCCAUCAUUUGUAUAUUCUUAAUGUUAUUAUUAUUAUUAUUAUUAUUAUGAUGAUGAUUCUGAUUAAUUAUUAUGCUUAUUAUGAUGAUUCCAUUCCAAUGAAAAGGAUCAAAGACCAGCACGCUUUCUUGUAAAAUGCCAGUUGUAAAGCUCAAGCUCACUGGUACCAACUGAUCAACUGCAGCCAAUGAAUUCUGCUGUUCAAUCCUAAUGUACAAUACAGUAUUUCAACUGGCGAUAGGUGUGAUCAUGUAUAGUAAGUAAUAACCAUUAGCUGCCUUUGCAGCAGAACCUGAGUGGUGUAUGCUCACAUAAGCAUAGCAGUAAACACACACACACACAUACAGAUGAUUCACUGUGCUUUUAUUUUAUUUAUGCCACUACUGCAGUAUUGUAAAUCUCAGUCAGGCUUUAAGGUGACCUCUCCCUCCCACACAUUCACUUCUCAGCAGUAAAAAAAUGACAUCCCUGGUGUCACACUAUGUGAAGAGGACAGAAUGAAUAAACUUAAACAUAUUUCUUGUAUUAUUCCUCCACUCAGUAGAAGUACUAAUAGCUGAGUUUGAUUGCCUUAAGUUAAUAGAAAACAAAUCAUAGAAUAACACUUAACAGGAACAGUGCCUGGGCAGAGAGAAAGGGAUGAGGGCUUGUCGAGAAUAAUUUCCAGUAAACAUUCUUAUCAAUGCAAUUAACUUGGUUUUUCCAGCUUCAACUUUUGUAAUUGAGAGAAUCAGUCCAGAUUUAGCUCUUCCGCCACACUCAACAAUGGCAACCAACAGUUGAUCAUGUUUGUACCAAAGCCAGCUCACGCAGCCUUGUGCUAUUGGUCCCCUCCUGUGCAAUGAUAUUUGGCCUUGGGGUGUGUUGGGAGCACCAGAGGACAGUAAUGUAAUGGAGAUCACCAACUAUCAAGUGAACUGUGACCAAUGAAGAGUGAUUCAUAUAAGCAAAGAGUUUAUAGAAUGGACAUGAGUUUAUAAAAUGUGCAUUGUAUGUAUUCUAUUUCUAUUGGCUGUCCAUAGACUUGUGUUGAUUGUUAACUCUUGGGAUGUUUUGGGGGGAACAAGAGAGGGGAGGAAGGUUGUCCCCAUACUACUGAAACAGUGUUUUGCUCAGGCCUGAUGAAUCCUUCCGCAUUUGUUUUUGUUUUAUUUGUAUUUUCCCUGAGUUGGAGGAGUUGAAAGGGGAGUCUUUUUGCAGAGUUAAAGGACAAGAAGAGUUGAGGACUAUGACAAAGAGAAAAAUAACAUUUCCCCUUGAAGAAAAAAAUAAAUAAAAAAAAAUCCA